AUGGAUUAUAUGGAAUUAGGUGUACGAUCCAGAAAGACUGGUAUAAACGCUAAACAGAAUAUUGAACGAGAUGAAUACAGCAUGGAAAAUAUCGAUGAAUUCUUUAACGAUGACACUGAAACUACAAUAAAUACAAAUCUAAAUAAUCAUCUUCCCAAUAGAAAUGAGUUAUCAUCAAAUGGCGGCGUAUUGACAAAUCCUGAAGCUGUUGAUCAAGCAAGUCGAUUCAAAAUUCCAAAAUUUCCAUAUAUGAGAAGUAGCAUUUCGAGAAGAGAAUCAAGUAUUCACGACUUUGGAAAUGAGGCAUCCGAAAUAACAAGGCAGCAAAGAGAACAAAAUUAUGCAGAUGAUUAUUUUCCAGAAGAUAAUAUAGAGUCAAAUGUUGACAAUAAUAAUAAUAAUACUUUCUCUGAAGAAGUGAUUGAUAAAAAUGAAACUUCAUCUAAUGAUCAAGAUAUUGUUUUACCUCGCCCAAAAUAUACACCAAAAAAUGACGAACUCAUGGGCGAUGAAUAUACUGAAACAAUUGAACAAGAAAUAAAAUUAACACCAAACAAAUUACGUAAAGCAGAUUAUAGAGAUGUCCCAGAGCUGAUAGCAGACGAUGAAAAUGAUGAUGAUUUAAGUAGAAACGAAACUUCAUUUAAUACUUCUGAUAAUGCGAUUUUAGAGAAUGAAAUUAAAGACGAUUCUGAUUACCAAUUUGAAUUGCUGAGUGAAGAGGAUAGAGAUUACGUUCAAGAGGAAGUGUCAUCUGAAGAACAUGCUGAUUCUGGUGACGAUAGCUUUAGUAGCGAUGAUGAAUAUAGGAUUCAAGAUCGUGCAAAUAAACAUGAUGCGUCCAAUGUUUCGAUCCAACUUACAAAUAAGAAAAGAAGGCAUUCUAGCUUUGUAACAGAGGACAGUGAUGAAGAAUAUAUACAAAGUCAAGCAGCUGCGGUUCUAGGUAAUAAGGAGGAUGAAACUCUUGAUAGGAACAAAAUUAGAAGAUCUAACAGAAUUAAAGUAGCCCCAUUAGAAUACUGGAGGAACGAAAAAAUUGUAUACAAAAGGAAAACAACAAAGCCAGAAUUGGAGAUUGAAAAAAUUGUCACCCAUGAUUACGUGGAUGAAGAUGAAGCUGAAGCUGAAGCAAAUAGACUUGAGAAGCAAAGUAAGCAGCAAACAACUAGGACCAGGCCAUAUAAUUACGUGCCAACAGGGAAAAGGAGAGGUAGACCAAGGAAGCCAAAGGAUAGCGAUGUGUUUAACCCAAAUAAAGAACUUUUGAACGAUAUUAAGUCAGGUUCGGUACCUAAUAGCCAAUGGUUAAAACGAGGCAUACUGGAAGCAAAUAUUAAUGUAAGUGAUUCGUCUAAAAACGAUGAAAUAGUAGCAUUUGCUCCAAAUUUAUCACAAUCUGAACAAGUUAGGGAAACUAAGGAUGAAAAUUUCUCUCUAGAAGUUAUGUUCGAUAAACAUAAAGAACAUUUUGCAAGCGGUAUGUUAAAAUUACCAAUGUUCUCUAAAAAAAAAUUAAGUGAAUCUUAUAAUACCUUUAUGACAUUUUAUGUCAUUCAAGGUGUAGUUGAGGUUACAUUAUCAAACAAUAAAUUUAUUGUCAUAGAAGGUUCUUCUUUUCAAGUGCCUGCCUUCAAUCAAUACGCUUUUGAAAAUAAGGGAAUGAAUGAGGUUAAGAUGUUUUUUGUACAAGUGACCGUGGAUGAUCAUUUUAAUGAAAAGGAAGAAUCUCCGAAUUUGUUUCAAAACGAAGAUGACUCGAGUUUUGAUUUUGAAAAUAAAUCUGAGGAUCCAAAAUCAAAAGUAAAAAAUCAAAAAUCAGAAGUAAAGAUUAAUAAUGACUCUAAAGAGGAGGAGUAG